UAACCAAACCCCGCACAGUUUCCACACCAAACUCAUCUCCAUCCCAAAACAAUAACAUCAACACCAACACAAUCAAAUGGCUCAAUCAGUUACCGGAAUUCAGGUCGAAGCGACCACGUUUCCUCCCGCCGUCAAGCCUCCGGGCUCCGCCAACACUCUGUUCCUCGCCGGCGCAGGGGCGAGGGGGCUGGAGAUACAGGGGAAUUUCGUUAAGUUCACGGCGAUUGGAGUCUACUUGGAGGAUAAGGCCGUGCCGGCGCUCGCCGUUAAGUGGAAGGGUAAGACGGCCGAGGAGUUGACGGAGUCCGUUGAGUUCUUCAGGGAGAUCGUUACAGGUCCAUUUGAGAAAUUCACACAGGUGACGAUGAUACUACCAUUGACUGGCCAGCAAUACUCGGAGAAGGUUUCAGAGAAUUGUGUUGCCAUUUGGAAAAAAUUUGGAAUUUACACUGAUGCAGAAGCCAAAGCUAUUGAAAAGUUUACGGAGGUCUUCAAAGAUCAGACCUUCCCACCUGGUGCUUCUAUUCUCUUCACACAAUCACCAAAUGGAUCAUUGACGAUUGGCUUCUCCAAAGAUGGUUCCAUACCCGAAGUUGGGAAUGCGGUGAUUGAAAACAAGCUACUUUCGGAGUCAGUUCUCGAGUCAAUCAUAGGAAAGCAAGGUGUUUCUCCUGAAGCAAGGAAAUGUGUGGCUACAAGGCUAUCAGAAUUGUUGAAAGAGAGUGAUGAUUGCGUGGCCGGAAAUGGGAAAGUUGAAGAGUAUACAAAGGAAGCAGAAGUUAAGGCAUGAAACUGAGAAAGGAGAAAAAAAAUGAAAUAAUCUUAUUCUGUAUUUGAAGGCCUGCUUUAGUCUCUGAUCUAUUGCCAUAUAUCUUUUCUGCAUUGUCCAUAUGAGAAAUAAUCAAGCAUGUUCUGUUUGUCCUGUUUUACAAUGAUCUUAUUCUGUAUUUGAAGGCCUGCUUUAGUUUGUGUUCUAUUCCCAAUUGACCGAUGAAAAUUAAGGGUGAUCUGGUUGGAGAUAUCAAAGGGUGGUUGAAUUUUCUUCUAUUUAUGCAAGUUAAGUAACUGCAUCGAUCUUUCA